AUGGCUGUUAGACGAGGUGCCGGUGCAAUCUUAUCGGCUCAUCACAGUGCUCUAAGAGCGAACGUGAAAAUACCAUCUGUGCAAAAGGCAAUCAGUCCAAACGUGAUCGGCAAUCUCCGUUCACGCCAAUUCUCAAGCUCAUCCGUACGUUGCAAAGAAGAAGAAGAAAAGCCAAAGCAAGCACAAGGACUUUUUGCUUCUUUAUUGCAUGGCUCCGACACAGCAAAACAAGAUGGCUUGACAGCACAAUCACACAGUACAACCGUCGGUAGAGGAAAAUACAUUCACGAGAUUCAAAGACACGUUGUAAGACCGGAUAAAGUGGACGAAUACAAGAGCAUUCUAAGUCAACACUAUCCUCGGCUUUCGUCAGAUGACAGUAUUAAUGGUCGCUUGAUUGGUUCAUUCGAAGUGCAAAUCGGAGAAAUGGAAACUUUCUACCACAUUUGGGAAUAUGAUGGAUACUCUGGCUAUGAUCAAUCAUCUGAUGCAUUCUAUAAAUCAAAGGAGAACACCGAUUUGGUUACAAAUGUGCGAGCAACCCUUUCUUCUCGCUCUAACUGGAUCACGCAAGAGUUCGCAUUCUGGGCCACUGUAAAGGCGCAAAAGAGUGAUGUGGAAAGACCGUUGUACGAAUUACGAACAUAUCACUUGAAACCAGGCAUGCUAUUGGAAUGGGAAACGAAUUGGCGCAGAGGAUUGGAGGCACGUAAACGAUUUGUUCAGCCUAUUGCAGCAUACUUUAGUCAAAUCGGUCAAUUGCACACUGUCCAACAUAUCUGGCGAUACGAUAGCUUAGAGCAACGUAAAGCAACUCGUGAUGCAGCUUGGCAGGUGGAAACAUGGAAUGACACCGUCACCCAAACAGUCAAAUUGAUCGACAAAAUGCAUGCACAAAUCAUGACGCCUCUACCAUGGUCACCGCUACACUAA